CGUUAUCCUGUCCUCUCCGAUUGCGCGCACGCUGUCACGUCGCCUCCCAGGGGCUAAGAGGACGCGUGCACGUCUCUGCACCCCUAUACUCGUCGGUUUGUCGACAUUUUCGAGUAUAUGCAACAAUCCCGAAGAGAACCCUGCCUUGUUUGCCCCAGGAGUCCGUCUGUUUGCACCGUCGAGAGCCACGCCAAUCGGUAGGGCGCCCGGACACCUGUGGCUUGUUUUAUCCCUUCGGCCGCUCGACCGCCCGUCCGUCUGCCAUAACCUGUUACCGUUUCGUUUUCGUUGUUAUUUCGGCCCUCGCCACCGGAUGAGAGCCUGUUGAGACUCCUCGAUCAAUCCGUGGACCCGGUAUCGUUGAAAUACACGGCGUUCGUGGAGCCCUCGACUUUUGGAGUUCCCCAAAACCAACAUGUUGGGCAAGUUAUUUAGUCUCACCACCGGAACGGCUGGGAGUCAUGGCUCACCAGAAGGUGCCCCUUCGACUCGGCCCACGCCCGAAUCGGUGCAGGAGGAGAUCCAUACACGCAGCCUCUUAUUCCCAGAUACGCAGGCUCUUUACUAUCGUCAGGAUCAAGUCUUCCCGCUGCCUUCUCUAUCUGCUGUCCAGUCCCCGGGCCCGGCGAAUCCCUUCGACUACGAUGGCGAUAUCGAUAUCGACGUGCGCGAUGUUCGCGUUAUAAUCAUGCAGGAUACUCUAGGUUCUAUCAGCCCCUCCUUGUUGUUCGACAGCCACCCUACUCCGUCUCCCGCAUCGCCGGGUGAGCGUGCACAUCCGUCAACUGCGGUCCCUUCCUCGCAGUCCCUUAUGCAGGACCUCCGACGAGGCCCUACGUCUCCGAGGAAGAGCAGUCUCGGCCAGUCUUCGAGACCGCAGGUGAUCCAGCCGGGUAGCCCCCAACCUCGCCAGGGCGCAUUUGACCGGCGGGGAUCCCUGCAGUCUCGUGCCUACAGCGCUGCCGAGACCGAGUCCCAAAGGGCGGCGAGGGAGUAUCGGGAAGAGCUAGCGAGCUUCUCCAGUUGUAUCUUUGCCAACUCGGAAGUUAUGUCCUACAAGGGGACGUCCACCAAGGUCCACGUUAUCCCGUCCGAACCACGGCUGUCUCCCAUCUCCAGCUCGUACGUGGGCGAUGGCCGGGGGUCGAUGGGGAGAUCGAGUAUGCGAUCCAGUAGGCUGGCGCAAUCGUUCACGUCCGAGACGGCAGGCUCGCAAUCCCAGACUUUUUCCCCUCCGUCUCGGCACUUGGAUCGCAACAAGAUCCUAGUGACCCGUCUAUUCCCAGUCAAUCUCCCACAUGACGAUUCGGAUACUCCUAACCAGGUCUCAAACCCCCACGACCGCUUUUCCGAAGAUGGUGUGGGAUUUCCGUUCCCCUAUUCUCCAGAUGAAUCCAAAUCGAGCAAGAAGAAGUUGAGGCCUAUACAGCGGAGAACGCCGAUGUACGCAGUUGCUUUGGUCCUUCAGCUCCCGUCGAGCUCGCCCAGCGCGAUAGAACCGUUACCGAAGCCAUCCUUCCGAGGCUCUGGUUCCUAUACAGAACAGGACCACUUCCCUUCCUCUUUGGGCUCUGCUCGCCGAUCUGGAUGGACCAUGGUCGGAUCUGGUUUCGGCUCCGAGUCUUUCGAAACCACGUACAGUAACGAUAUCGAGGAUCAUCAUAUGGAUGCGAUAACGCAACAUUGGGACAUAAUCAUGCGAACUCUUACUCACCUUCAAUCUGUCGUAGCUACCACGCUCAUUCCCAUGCUAAAGCAGGCAGAUAUGUCGGCUCCGGACCCAUAUCAGCCUAGUCUGCCUACCCAGAUCGCUCGCGCACCUUCGGUUAAAAGCCGAAGAGGCUCAGAUUCGUCUCAGAUGAAGCCGUCCAAGACGAAUGCAAAACUAGUCGCGCUACCCCCCAGCUGCUUGGCGCAGGAUCAGCACAUAAGUAAAGAGAUCGAAGCCGCCAAGGUGCGAAUCGUCUCUGGUCUCCGAGCUACGAGGGUCGUGACAGGGCAAGGCCGAUGGGGCCCCUGGAGAGAAGAGGCUAGAUGGGUUGCGAGGUGGGCGGGUUCUAGGGAGCAGGGAUUCUUCUUCUUUAACCUUUUGACGGCGUUCCUCGCAACCCAUACGGAAUGGCUUCAGGCGCUGAGCCCGAUAUGGUACCGGAGACGACGCUACCAGCAACAGAAAGCGAAGAGCGAAGAGAGUACGUCUCUGCCUUCUCGGACCAUAAUCGUCGCGAAGAACAAGAUGGCUGCGAGGAGGCUCAUCUUCUUGCUCUCGGCUUUCCUGCCUGCCAACCAGCAAUUGCCGGCGGCGCGUACCCAGCGGCCUGCAACCUCUGCGUCCGUGGCCGCCUUUGGCUACUCUCCGCCGUCGUAUAUCGUACCGAUAAACAAGGAGGAAUCUCUGCGGCGAAAGAUCAACCGUCGACAGGGACCUAGAGGCGCGUCGCACACCCGAAGCUUUAGCAUCCAGUCGCACGCCACGAUGAGGUCGGCAACUGGAAUACCCGCGCAGCUCGCACAUCUCAGCAUGGAGUUGUCUCAAGAACGUCGAUCAUCCGACCACAUCAAGCCGGGAAAUCUCCCUAUCGCCGGAAGCGACAUCAACACUCGAAAAAGCAGCGCCGCGACCGCCAACACGAUAAUUCCCGAUUCGGCCAUCCCGCAUUUCUCUACGGUGCAUCGGAGUGGGACAACCCGCGGGAUGCGACCUGGCAGCAGUGGGAGCAUUGCCGCAGACGACUUGAAACGAUCACUAAAGAGAGGCGAUAGCAUGGGCCAUGCUAGCCACGCAAGCACCGACUCUCGGCAGAGCUCACGCUGGGGCGUUAUCAGCGGGCUGUGGAGUCCAAGACGGCGAGAAUCAACCUCUCUAACAGCACAGACCCUAGAUAUACCCGCUCAACAUGGUAGCCCGCUCACGUCACCCACCAAAGCCACAGUUGGCGGGAAAGAUAAGCUGUCGGAGAUGGUCCACGAAGCUCAAAUUCUCGAUACGCCGACAAGCCAAAAAUCCAGUGGUGACAACACGCCACCUCAGCAACCUGGUACGCCGAGACGGUUGGAAAGCAAGCAUUUCGAGCCUCAGCUGAGAACACCGGAUCCUCUGGGCGCGUACGAAUCCCCGGUGAAGACGUCUAUCAACAACGACGACGGGGUUAUCGACGUGGAUGUUCAAUUCCCGGACUAUCUCACUUCGUUUGAAACCGCCGUCAGCUCUCCAUCUAGCAGCGGUUACCUCUCGACUCCCGGCUUGGGCAGUGCGCUCGAUGGCUUCGAACAAUUUUCCAGGCUAGCCGUCGACAGCGACGUCCCUCUGAAUGCUGCAGGUUGGCUGCAGCGAUUUCACCCAGACUUCAUUCUUCAGGCAAUCCCUCCGCCAGAAGACAGAAGCUUGCUUGACGAAGUGCGAGAGUUCCUCGUCUCGGAACCCACCCCCUCUGUCCACCUGGGUUCAAUACCCGAAGAAUGGCCGGCCGAACAGUGGGUUGACGUCAGCACGGCCAUCAUCGCCGACGCUACCAACUUCACCAUCAAACGGCUACGAUAUCGCCGUCUAGUGAGGCCUAAGGUGCCCGUCGACCGAAACACCGGCAUCUAUCUGACGCCUCGCGGCUCUUCCUUGAUGGCACCGGCUCUUUCGCCUUACGAACAGCCAAUUCAAGACAAGAUCGAGGAAGAGGACCUGGUCACUUUCGACGAAUCCCUCAUCGAUGCGGUUGAGAGAGUUAUUGCUCUAAGUAGCGACGCGAGCAAAGGAAGUUCGACCGCGUCUUCACGAUCCGCGAGCAAACGGAGGGGGAGGCGAGACAGCGAGGUGUCCGAGGCUACCGAGCAUGACAUUCCUAUCUAUCCAAUUGACUUCCAGGAAGUGCCCCGCGCCGAGUGCAAGAUGGUAGUCCUGUCCGCCUUGUCAAGUAUCGUUCAGGAGGUGGCGGACCAACGCGAGAGAGAGAGUCAGAGUACGAACCCAACCGGAGCCUACGAAACUGUCAGAGAGAAGGAGAGUGUCUUAAGAACGGCCAUUAGAACGUGGCUCGAGAACGUGGAGUUGGGUGACGGGUAGCAUUCCGUAAUCGAAAGUUGGAGCGAUUUUCAAGAAGAUACGCAUCCCGAGGAAACGAUUCCUCUAUGCUAAUGAUUGAUGAUUAACGACCUUAUAAUUCAUGUUCGCGGUCGGCAGCAACACCGCGUCUCACGAAAAAAGGCA